UUGUAUAGUGGGUCAUUAGCCGUCCUGUCCUGCCAUGGCUGUUCUCUUCCCUCAAUUCCUUCCUCUGUCUCUAUCCACACAUUUCAAUCUUCUCUCCUCUCCUUUCAUUUUCUCUCAUGGGCUGCAGAAGGCACAGAAAGUCUGUAAUCGAGGAGGUGGAUCGAAAGAGUCUCAUAAGAACCUUAGCCUCUCGGGCAAUCGCAGCUCAUAAACUGUACGGAAAUGGAAAGUUGCACAAGCUGCCCAAGUCAGAGAGCACAGUCACCUUCCUCUCAGAUGAACGGCCUCUCACCACCCAAAAUCCACUUUACCAGGAUGGAGUGUCCAGCAGUCCGGAGCCCAACUCGGAGGUGCAGGGGGUUGGUGGAUUUUCAGAAAGUGACUCUCCAUCUUCAACAAGCCCUUGCAGCCAGACGACUUCUUGGUCCUUGCCGUCCCGUAUUCGAGGGCGAGGGCUUUAUGAUGCUCUGCGCCGGCAGGCUCUCUGGGACCCCGCCGAAUGGGAGGAGCAAGAGCUGAAGGCGGGGCUUAAGGACAGCAGGGAAGAACUUGAUGCAGAUCUAGAUCAGAAUGGUCAUUGCACAGAAACGAAGCUGUCAGUCAGAGAACAGGCCAGACAGUUUGAGCAGCAAGCUUUAGCCGAACGGACGCCCAGACAGAGCCGGGACUCUUAUGCAUCUCUGGAUCCAGACGACCCGCUACUAACUGCCAUCAUGCUGUCAUCCAGUCCAAUUUCUGUCGGCAAGGACAUCCCACCCUGCAUUAUCAUCACCGGGGGUGACGGCGAGACUCCUCCCCCACCCACGGCUCAACGGCCGACUCCGCCCGUCCUGAGGAAGUUCAGCUCCAGCAUCUCCAAUUACAUGACGGUGGAGCCUUGUGAAAUCACAUUGGAAUUCAUAUCAGACUCUCCGGACAGCUCACCACCACCUCUGCCUGUCCAACCCCGUUCUUUUCUUUCUCCUCCACCUGUGCAACAGGACUUCACCCCACCACCAACCCCAUCUCCCAUUCAGUCUCCUGAUCUCCCAGUUCAAUCUCCGACUCCUACACCGAAACUAAGAGGGAUCCUCAAGAACAUGACCAGAUCCACCGGCAGCCUUGAUGUGAAAGAUGACAGCAGUUGCGAAGGAGGAAGUAAAGACUCCACGGCUGUCAUGCUAAAAGAACAAGUAUCUAAACAGGACCAAAUAGGCACCAGCCAAUCAGACUCUUCUACUCAACCCUCAGACUAACCAAUCCCAGAGGAAUGAGAGACGCCGCCCAACUCAGCCCCUUCAUUUCAAAGAACUCUGGAACUCUUUUCAUAUCUUCUUUCUUAAACCUCCUCCAACUGUUUCAUCAUUUACC